GAAAGCCUAAAUCCCAUACGCCCAACCAUUCUUUAUUCGCACCUCCAGGCGCAAUCUCGCUUCCUCUGCUCCCGCCAGCUUAUAACAGCACCGGCCUCUACCCUUCGCUGCAGACUCUUCUUUUCGCAUAAUGUUCUUCAAACGUCGGUCCCGCGCCAAUUCUUACGUAGACAACAGUGAGAACCCGCGCUCGCAGUCAUUCGACGAUUACACAGAUAAGCGCCCCGAGUCGAGCCGUAAGGAGUCCCACCACAGCCAGCCCUUUUCGCCCACCGAGGAGCCGGACAUGUAUCCCCGCCAGCAGCAACCCCAAGAGCCGACGUACGCGCAGAGUGCUCCCCCCACCCACAACAACAUGCCUAUCCGCUCCCAGCAGGUGCCCCCAACCGGCGGCAGCACCCCCAUGGGGCUCGGUAUGCCCGACCUCAUUACCGCUGCCUUCAACCAGGCCGUCCAGCCCUACACGGAGAAGAUUGAGCAGCUCGAGAGCCAGCUCGCCGACCUGCAGAACUGGGUCGACCAGCUCGAGCAGCAGCGCGCCGAGGUGCACAACUGGAUCGACAAGCGCGGACUGCGACCAGAUGUUCCUGCCUCAAUCGCCAAGAUCAUGGACACCACCACCGCCGAUGCUGCGCCCACCCUCAACGCCCAGCUCGACCGCAAGAUCACCAUCGUCAACUUUGACCUGCACCGCCUGCAAGACGACCUCAACGACUCCAUCUCCUCAUCACACUUUGCCUCGGCCAUGCUGAAGUUCCUGCCUGACAUCCAGCGCCUGACACUGCUCCCGUCCGGCCCGCGCUACGCCUUCGACCUUAUCCUGAAGCUCGGCGGCAACCUCAACUCACACGGCGGCAUCGACAGCGCCGACGCAGGCGACAUUGCCGCACGUCGCGAUUUCUAUAACAGACUAGACGAGACCAUGGUCGAUGUCGUGCAGCGACGCUUCGGCGAGGGCGAGGGCUGGGACGUCAAGCGCGAGAUCAAGCGCAUCGAGAAGACGGCCAGCUACCUCAAGACCUACGGCGUCGAGCCAUACUUCCCCUCAACGCUUGAUAUGAUGAAGCGCGAGAUGGAGUUCCAACCGCACCAAAACGGCGGUGUUCCCAAUGGCGGAACAGGAACCCCACCGCGGUACCAUUAGAUCUCUUGAGGAGUGUGUGGGCUGGAGGCGUGCUGACAGUCUGUAGUCCGAGAGAGUCGACCGAGCAGCUGAGACAGACGAGGCUGGCGAAACUGGGAGAACUCCAGCGAGUCCUUGGGCAGUGUCGAAGUGAGCGCGACAGCCUG